CCUUCACUCACGCGUGGGGCAGAACUCUUAUAUUUUAUGACUACAUACACGCUUGAAACUAUUCUACGUUAUGCAUACUUUAAUGGAUAUAAUUGUAUUCAGUGGGCAGAUCCAGUGAGACAAUGCUUAUUACAAUCUGAACAAGACCUACAACGAGAUCUUUGUGAUCUGUUAUUGAAGCAUAUGUUUUCUACGGCGCGUGUCCACAACAUCUUCCUCGAAUCCUAUCUAACCUAUGCUCUUACUGGUGAUCCUCAAGCAAAGCAAGGGAUGAACAUUGAUGAUACGAAAACACUUAUCAAAGGAAAAUUCUUCUUAUCACAAUUGGUAGCAAGAGAAGAACGUUUCGCAACAAGUAGAGAAUAUGGACAUCAGUGGUCCUGUAUCUUACGGAUUCUUCCUUCAUUACUGCUAGAAGUGGAUGGUGAUCGCAAGGAAAAUUUAACAUGGGCUCCUAUUCUUACUCAACUUUUGAUUAUUCUAUCACAUAUUGUGGCAGGGGGACUUUAUCCUCAACGAAAAAGCGAUCGACAUUCCAGUAACAACGGCGAAAGUGGCGACAAUAGUGACAAUGAUGACGAUAUGACGAAAUUUAAUCAGACAGAAGACUUGAGCUCAUCACAACAACCCAACUUUUCUCUGACAAACAAUACAACUCAAAUGGCAAUGGAUUCUCAAUUGAGUUUUGAUCCUGACGCCACUUGGGAUAUGGAUGGAACAAACGAUGCAACACAACCGGAUCCUUUCGUUGGGCAAGAUGAACAGAAAUUCAACAUUAGUAAUUCACCUCCAAUGACAGCAAUGGCAACAACAACAACAACAGCAGCAGCAGAAGCAACAACAACUACAGCAAUGAAAGUAGAUGUAGACAGUAUCUCUCGCAUGGAUACUAUGCCGACAACUAAUAUACACGAUGUUUCUUCAGUACCUUCGACUGGCGCACAACAACAACAACAACAACAACAACAGCAAUACACAAGUCAGUCUAGUUCUUUGUAUCCUAGUACCAUGGACGAAUCUAUAUCAUCAUCAUCUUUGCAACGAAAUAGGACGGAAUGGGACAAUGCUAUAGCCGCUGCAAAUAUCAUGAUUGAUCUUAUAGAAAAGAAAGGUGUCAAACGUAUUAUUGAAAAAUAUGAACAAGGACAAAAAGAAAUUAGUACAGACGAUAACAAGAAGUUGGAUUCAAAUGAACCUUGGGUAACAUGUCACGAAAUCCUUGUUCCUGGCAAUCAGAAAGCAACAUCAUCAACAGCAACUGUAUCUUCGACAUCCGGUACUCACAAUGUAUAUAUCCAGAAAUUAUUGCUAUUAAUUGAGCGACUGACGGAUCGCGAUUUGGAACGUCGAUUGGCAGUACAUAUGAAAUAUCACGAAUUGGAAGACGAAGGGACAGCAAGAGCAAUGCCAAGUGCAGGUCUGAUGGGUUUAAUAUAUCACAUGGUUCAAAUUCGCCCAGCUUUAAACGAUGAUGAACUAGUGAAUCGGUUAGUCAAAUUACAGGCAAUCAAGGGCUCCUUUGAUGAAUCGUUUUAUCUGGAAUUAUGGUUUGCUGCUUUGACUGGUUUACGAGAGGCUUCCCUUAGUACGAGUUGUCAAAAUAUGGUAUCAAAACAUUCGAGUGAUAAUCAACAAACCAACAUCAAUAACAAUUCAAAUAGUUGCAACACAACAGUGGCGACUAACCGUCUACUAUGGAAAAAUCUGGUGUUAGUCAAGUUACCUCACUUGAUCAAUAAAGUUCAAGAACGAAAACAAAAAGAAGAAUUGGCUAAUUACAGUUUGAAACGGGAUCCACAUCGAAAAUCAAUGGAAAAAGAUGAAGAAAACCCUAUAGAAUCGUCCUUGCUAGAACUCAAAACGUUUACUGGUCUAUUGAAUGCCUGUAGUCCUCCUGCCUGUUGUUCCGAGUUCUAUGUACCUUCUUCAAAGUCAUCCAAAUACGUUGACCGGUUUGCGUUUGGUGGUGACAACAACAGCAACAAUGACGAUAAUGGAAAACACACUUCCACAAUGGAUGAUGAUGAUAUGAUGAUGAUGAUCAAUGAUAACAGCUAUGCAACAACCGCCGACUAUGAUACUCCAGAGUUUAUAAAAACGAUCCGCUCUAUUAGUGCUGACGAUAUAUUUACUAGUAUUGUACGUAGUUGUCAACCUUAUCAUUUUUUGCGCGACAACAAAGUAGACGUGUUACUCAACACAAACAACAACAAGAACAACACGAAAAAGGAUAAUUCACGCAUCAACAAAAUCAAGGAUGAGGAAGAAAACAACAAGGACGGUGAUGGCGAUGAUGAUCUUUUCAAUGAAGAACCGAAACUAGAAGAACAAUACUCUUCAAUGCUAGAUGACGACAUGAUGAAUGGUGAUGAAUUGGAUAGAAAAAGCGACAAUAGUGACAAAUCUGAUGUACUCGCUCAAGUCGACCAAAAUAUAGAUCAACGCAUGAAAGCGAUUCAGAGCAAUGUUACAAAAGCAUCUGUUUCCGAAUUGAUUCACAUUGGUUUUGUCUCCCUGAUUCAUUGGCGGAAGAUAGUGGACUUUUUAUUAAAUCUUUUGCAAACGAAAGCUGAAACUGGUGAUAUUCGUGCCUUAUCUCGAUUAUGUGAUGCCUUGGAUGAAUGCCCAUCAGCGAUUGAUCUUAUUCUUCAACUAUAUCCUCCCAAUGUAUUACUAGGUCCCUUGGAGACGAUUUGUAAUGAAUGGAAUCCAUCUGAAGACUAUAUUAUGGAUGUGGAUGACGGCGCUAGUGGAAAUAAUGAUGAUGAUGGUGAUGAUGAUACAGAUGGUAUUCAAAAUUGGUAUUGCAAAUUUGGCAAGAUAUGGACAUUGGUAUUAGUGGUAGCAAGCAAAUUUGACAUCACUCGAGUCAUCAAUACGAUUUUCAAGAAUAGAAAUGGACUCUGUUAUCAAUUCUUUGUGACUGGUCCUAUCAUAUAUGGUGUACAUGAUCAUGACCAAGACGUGGAAGAACUUGUCGACAAAUGGUUAUCAGCCAUGGGUGGUGAUGGUAUUUCAGAUGAUCUUCUUCGAACAACGAAAUUACAAAUGUUAUUACGUGCAACACCUACAUUGAUCGACAGGUUACUUUUCAUCUAUCAAGCUGGACACGUUGAGUUGGACACUUUUACUGGGGUUCUCUCCUACUUUCAGAAGCGGUUUUUACGAUUUGUACUUGUACCUGGCGUAACAAGGACUCUUUGUGAUGAACUUUUGAAUCGAAAUGCGACAACUUCUAUUAUAUGUCUAGAUCAUCUUUUUGUCAAACACGGUCUUCCUGAUACUUUGGUUGGACUUUGUGGAAAUGCAGCACUUGGAUCUUUACGGGCAUGGAAGGAACGUCAACGACAAUACAAUAUAUUGUGUGCAAAAGAUAAAAACAUUCGCAACAAUAAUAUCCAAUCUGAUACUCAACAACAACAGAAUAAUAUGCAACAAAGGGAUGAUGAAGACCGAGUGAAAAUUCUUGAACAAUUUUUCAUUACAAAACUGGAUUUGGACGACGAACAGCAUUUAUCCUUCCCAGAAACAAUCUCCAGUGGUGUUACUAGGCGAACCUUAUUUGACAAGACACGGGAAAUGUUCAAAUAUAUUGUGAAAAGUGGCCGAUCUAUGUAUAUGAACGAUGUUGAUGGUGAUGCUAAAACAUUAUGGGAACCUGUCAAAUGUGAACUUCCUAAACAAGUAGUAUCUCAUUAUUUGGAUCUAGUCAUGUUUCAAGCGGCAUUGAAAAUGGGUGGCACUCAUUGGUUCAUUGGCAUGAUUGUCGAUGAAGUACUGGAAGCGGGCAAAAGUGGUGGUGCUGUGCGUGCAGCUGAACUUGGAUCUUGCUUGGUAACCACUCCUUUGAUGUACAAUAGUCAUGGUGGUAAUGCUUGUUUAUCUAUGCUUCGAUGCCUUUUACAAGAUGUGAUUCCUUCCUCCAUCAAGCAUUAUGCUAUGCAAAACACAUCCUUUUUCCAGGGCCAAACAUUAGGUGUUUUUGUUAGUGACUGUCUUGUAUUGAUGUAUCAACAAGAAAAUGAUAUGGUUGAUGAAUUGGGCUGCAAGUUUUUUGAAGCAUUAGUGAUCGAUCGUGUCCGUGGUGGUGAGAUCUCUUCCUUGCAAUUGGUACCUCAAUCAAAUGAAGAUGGAUCUCUCUUUAGUUCUUGGGAUGAUGAUGUUGUCAGUAGUCCGGUAUGGCGUGGAUUUGUCAAGGGAUUGAUGAGUAACCCAUUCAUCAAGGAAAUGUGGCCAAAUGCUUAUGCGUCAUGAUGGUGAUACUUUCUUUUUUUUAGUAUAAAGAAAAAAACAUUGUUAUUUAUUGAUUAUAUGCUGUUUGAUAGUUUUAUUCCUCUGAUCGAAAACAAUAAAAGCGUCU